GUUUUAAUUUGACAGAUAACAAUUUGUUUCGUCAUGAAGCAAUGAUAGAGUAUGUGUUCAUCGCAUACCUAUACAUAUUCACUUAUUUUUACACCGAUUAUAUCAUACGAUUUCCAUUUUUACACAAAGAAUAAACAACAAGAUGGUGUUUCCGCAUGCGUACAGGACUGAACACAGUGAGACACACACGUCAAACGCUGAGUAUGGCGACUACUACGCAAGAGUAAUCAGUAAAAAGAUUAAAAUCCAGCCGGCGUUGCAUAAAAUCCUUCAACACGUUGAUUCCAAUCGCAAGCAAAUCUUGAGUGACCUUCAAGAGUUUAUAAAAAUUCGCACAAUAUGGCCGAAUGCAGAGUGUGUCAAAGAAAUGGUCCGUAUGAAGGAUCAUAUAGAGAAAUGGAUGCGUAAACUCGGCGCAAAGUAUGAAUCAUUUGACAUUGGGUGUCAUAAAGUUGGCAAUCAAAAGAUUAAACUUCCGCCUGUUACUUUGGCAACUGUACGAGGCAGUAGUGAUAUCACAGUUUGUGUUUAUUGCAAUGUAGAUGUGCGUGAUCCGUGCAUAUCAAAAUGGAAGACGAAUCCAUGGGAAGCUGUCGAAGUCGGUAAAGAAGUUUACGGUAAUGGUGUAGUGCUAGGGAAAGGUCCGUUACUCUGCUGGAUUGAAGUAAUCAAUGCUUUUAUUCAAGCAAAAGUCCCACUUCCGGUUACGGUCAAGUUUAUAAUCGAAACCAACUAUUUUAAUCGCAGUAUUGGACUCAAGGAUUUCCUAAUGACACAGAAACAGAUAUUUUUACAUGAUAUUGAUUAUGUGGUCGUGAAUGACUCCGAAUGGUUGAAUGAUAAAUAUCCGUGUAUUACAUACGGAGUGAUUGGUAUCGUUCAUGUUGAUUUAUAUGUCACAACUGUGGCGAAUUCAGGAGAAGAUCCAGAAGUUACAAUGGAAGAGAUUGUGUCGAGGAUUUGUAAUGGUGACGUGGUGACAAUACCACUCUAUGAUAAGUAUGUAACCCAAAUUACACCGGAUGAAGAAAAUUUGUAUGAAUCGAUUAAUAUUAACUUUGAAGAGAUGAAGAAACAAUUACCUCCAGAGAGGCAAAACUGGUCAAAAUCUAAGCUUUUAAUGCACUACUGGCGUAAACCAACCAUUUUUGUCGAUAAAGUAGAGCGCUGCACAUGUGAUAAACGUGACACUACAAAAAUAAAACGACAUAUAAUACUUAAGAUUGUUCCGAAGCAAAUACCGAAGUUAAUUGCUGAAUUAUUAAAGAAUUACAUUCUUAAUCUGGCGCAGACGUUGAAAUUAAAGAACACGGUUGAAGUUGAAUAUACAACUGAUACAAAACCAUUUGUUGAAGAUUGUCACUCGUUGAAUUACGAAGCUGCACGUCGUGCUACCAUACAAAUAUACAAAGAAGAUCCGAACAUGAUACGUGAUGAUAAAGACCUGAAAAAUUUGAAUAUUCUGGAGAUGUUGGAGCGUAACAUUUUGAUUUUGCCAUUGUCUGUCAAAGGCAGUUCUGGCGGUGAAGAUAAUGAGCACAUUCAAUUGAAAAACUUGUAUGAAAGCAUCAAGUUGAUUGCGGCGUAUUUGUUUCAAGUACGUUUACUGUCUGAUGGUUCAAAGUAACGAGCGAAAUUUUGCGUGAAUUUACAAUUUAUUCGUAUAUUUAUUGGAAACAAGUGCUGUUAAGGUGGGCGGAAUGAGAGAUAGCAGAGAUGGGGAUUGCGUGCGGAGUGUAAUUGCUACGAUUGUAUUAUUAUCGAAAUAAUUAUACGUCAUUCGUUUUA